CGCCCCUUCCCUGAGGCGCGAGCGACACCGGCCGCCGAGGGAACCUUCCAGGGUAGCCAUCACCAACUAUAUCACCAACUAUGACCUCUCAGAUCUCGAAGCUGCUUCCUGGGAAUAUCCGUUCCUUGGCUACGUCAUUAGAGAAUCAGAGAGUUGAGGACCAUCGUCGACACCGUGAGGCCUAUGGUUACUUCUUGCCCAUCCAGACGAGGUGGCAGGACAAUGACCAAUAUGGCCACGUGAACAAUGUCGUGUACUACAGCUACUUCGACACUAUUACCAACCACUACCUGAUCAGGUACUGUGGCCUGAAAACCAACCUGAGAACAUCCUUCCUGGUGGGAUUCAUGGUGACCAAUCAGUGCACCUUCCACACACCUGUUGGCUUUCCUCAGGUCCCACUGGCUGCUCUGGCUGUUGAGAAAGUGGGCCAUUCCAGCGUGCACUACCGUGUUGCUCUGUUCCCGCCUAAGCUCACCACAGAACUGCCUUCUGUCGACCACAGGGACCUCAGUGAUGGCUUUUUCUCUGGUCACCCCAAGCUCUCACAGUUUGACAGCCUGGCCUGUACCACGGGGUCUUCAGUCCACGUCUUUGUGAAUCCAGCCACGAACAAGCCGGUGAGCCUUCCGGAAGACUUCCGAAGGAGCCUCCUGAAGCUGAUGAGCCCAGCAUCUGUGUGAAUGAGUGUGGAGCUGCGCCGGGCAGAAAAUAAAGUCCA